CAGUCAUUCAAGCAAAGUAUUGUCAACAAUUGGCGAAACGUUAUCCUCUUGUAGCUUCCUUUCUUUCACUCAGUGAAGCUUUAUAGCUCAAGAAUUGAGCUGAGAAUUAAAAUUGAAAAAGAAAAAAUGUCAAUCUCAAUCUCCUCUCUGACCUCCUCCUUAUCUUCACUUUCAUUCUCUUCGCAAAUUAGUCAAAAACCAAACACUCUCUCAUUUUCCAAAUCUCUUUCUCUGUGCAACUCUAAACCGUCUCCCCUUCGUGUCUCCGCCACCGUGGCAGAACCCCAGACGGCGGACCUGAAAAAAUUAGUAAAAUCUAGGCUUCCCGGAGGUUUCGCUGCCCAACCUAUUUUCGGCACCGGCCGUCGUAAAUGCGCCAUUGCUCGUGUCGUUCUUCAAGAAGGCACUGGCAAAGUUAUUAUCAAUUACCGCGAUGCCAAGGAAUAUCUUCAAGGUAAUCCGUUAUGGCUUCAAUAUGUGAAAGUGCCAUUGGUUACUCUGGGAUAUGAGAAUAGCUAUGAUGUAUUUGUCAAAGCUCAUGGGGGUGGCCUCUCAGGUCAAGCACAGGCAAUCUCGCUCGGUGUUGCUCGGGCGUUGCUAAAGGUGAGUGAUAGCCAUAGACCCCCUUUGAAAAAGGAAGGGCUUCUGACCAGAGACUCGAGGGUAGUUGAAAGGAAGAAGGUUGGUCUCAAGAAAGCUCGCAAGGCCCCACAGUUCUCCAAACGUUGAAGUUGGAUUUGUUGUGGUACCUUAAUUUCCAGCUUUCAUAUACAUUUUUGUCUGUAUUUAAAAGCAAGGCCCCCCUGUGAUAUCAUAUUUUUCAAAGCAAAGCAGGAAUUCCAUUCUAUAGAAAGGUUGAACUUGUCUUA